CCCAGGUACGGCAGGCACAGAAGGAGCCGGAGAUCGCGGCUCAGCAGGCGGCAUAAAAGGAGGGAGUCCCGCCCCCACGCCUCCUUUGCCGGGCCGGCGGGGUUACCUGCGCGCCGGGAGCUGCGGCGCCCUCCGCCCCGGGCUCCCUGCCCCGCGGCCAGCCGGGCACAAGUUAAUGGUGAUGGGGGCAGCAGCUCCCGCAGCCCUGGGUCUGGAGUCACCGACCUCACUGCCCCGGGCGGCCCGGAGCCCGAGCCUCCCCCGCGCCCAUCAGCAGUGAGUUCCUGCGCCCCACCGCGCCCCUCCUGGACUGAGUCGCCGGCCUCGGGAGCCCCGGAGCGGAGCUUGCGCGCCAGGGGUAGGGGCCGGCCGGGGAUGACCGCGGAGAGUCAGCAGCCCCUGUGCGGGGCCAGCCGCGCCGAGCCCGGCCUCCUGCUCAUGCCCCUGGUGAAGGCGGAGCCGGGGCCGCCUGAGGCGGGAGCGCGGGGCGCGGGGCGGCGGCGGAAGCGGCCGGUGCAGCGGGGCAAGCCCCCGUACAGCUACAUCGCCCUCAUCGCCAUGGCCAUCGCGCAAGCCCCGGAGCGGCGCCUCACGCUGGGCGGCAUCUACCGCUUCAUCACCGAGCGCUUCGCCUUCUACCGCGACGGGCCGCGCAAGUGGCAGAACAGCAUCCGCCACAACCUGACCCUCAACGACUGCUUCGUCAAGGUGCCGCGGGAGCCGGGCCGCCCGGGCAAGGGCAACUACUGGGCGCUGGACCCGGCGGCCCGCGACAUGUUCGAGAGCGGCAGCUUCCUGCGCCGGAGGAAGCGCUUCAAGCGCAGCGACCUCUCCACCUACCCGGGCCCCGCGCCCGACGGGACCUUCGGGCCGCCCGCCGCCUGCUACCCCGCCGCCCCGCGCCGCCUCUUCGGCCUCGGGGGGCCGCCCGGCGCCCAGCUCGUCCCGCAGCCCGGCCGCCCGCUCAGCCCCGAGCUGGCCCCGGGCACCGCCAGCUCCUGCGCCUUCGGGGGAGCCGCCUACGCCAGCCCGGGCUGCGCCGGGGGCGCCGUCUCCUACCCGUACCCGGGCCCCGGCGCGCCGCUGCCGCUCACCCAGGGGCCCUACCCGCAGGGCAGCGGCCAGCUGUACCCGCCCGGCCGCCUGGCCCUGUCCGCCUCGCCCCCGCUCGGCGGCGACAGCCGGGACUUCUACGGCCGCAUGUCCCCCGGGCCCUGCCCUGCGCUGGCCCACGGCUACGGCCCCGGCGCGCAGCUGGGCGGCCCCGGCGCCUACCUGCGCCCCGCGCCCUACCCCGGCGCCGUGGAGAGGUUCGUCCCGGCCAUGUGAAGGGGCCGGCCCUGGGCUGGCGCUGGAGCGGUCGCCGGAGGGACCGAGCCGCGCCGCCGGGAGUGAGAAGCCGGGAACCGGCCCCAUGGGCUCCAACGGGGUCCCCGCGGGGCCGUGGCUAGCCAGGGGUGGCUCCCGCUGCGCUGUGCAGAGCGGCCGUGCGGGACUCGGGAGGACACCGAGACGGACCUCUGGCAAAGCCCCCGGCCGCGACCCAGGACACGGCGAGUAGUCAGCGUUGUUCCCCUUUGCUUGCGGCCGGAACUGGCUCCAGGACUCGCCCCGCGUGGGGAGCGAUGGGGCGCGGGGGCUGUUCCCCACAUCGCCGGCGCCUCUCUGCCCGCCGGGGCCCUGCGCGGUGCAGGGCAGUACCGGGAACGGAGAGGGCCCGAGCUGCUCCUGCACAAGACCCAAUUCCACAUGAACCAUAAAGUCCUUCUGGCCCGGACUCAUCGGUCCUUGACUCCCGAUACUUCAGAUCCCAAAGACGGGGUGGGGGUGCCCGCAGUUCUGUUCCUAACGGCCUCGGACGUGUCCCCGCAAUAAAUGGCUCUCCCGGCAGCACCGCGUUGGGUUUCCAUCUUUAAAACCAAGAUUUCCAGUUCUCUUCACGGGUCUUAGGCAAAUAGCUUAACCUCCCCAUCCCCUGGCUAAUUCGUGGGCCGCUCCCUCAUUAGUCAUGUG